AGAGGAAGUCGGGUCACGACCGGAAGUAGGUAUUAUGCAAAGAUGGUUGCGUUGAUACUUCCCCGCCUUCCCACCCUUGGCUCUUUUAAUCUAAGGGCAAUUUCAUCAUUAACUGCUCACAAAAAAGUUCUCUUGACAGACUCAAAGGAUGUAAACUCCAAAAGCCUGAUCCAGAUCAGAGAGAAAAGCACUGCUCUGGCACCGAAACCAGCUUCAGCUGUCAGCAACAAGGGUGAAUACAUCAUCACUAAGCUGGAUGAUCUGGUCAACUGGGCACGCAGAAGCUCCUUGUGGCCCAUGACCUUUGGCCUGGCAUGUUGUGCUGUAGAGAUGAUGCACAUGGCUGCCCCUCGUUAUGACAUGGAUCGAUUUGGUGUUGUAUUCAGAGCCAGCCCCAGACAGGCUGAUGUCAUGAUUGUGGCAGGGACACUAACAAAUAAAAUGGCCCCUGCUUUACGGAAGGUGUAUGAUCAGAUGCCAGAGCCCAGAUACGUAAUUUCCAUGGGAAGCUGUGCUAACGGUGGAGGCUACUAUCAUUACUCUUAUUCGGUUGUCCGGGGUUGUGAUCGCAUUGUUCCAGUGGACAUCUACGUCCCAGGCUGCCCUCCAACAGCAGAGGCUCUGCUUUACGGAACACUACAGUUACAGAAGAAGAUCAAACGAGAGAAGAAAAUGAGAAUUUGGUAUCGCAAAUGAGAUGUGAUUGUUGAUGUGUCUGGUCUGUAAAUUUUGUUUUAUUUAAAAUUGGUCAUUUUUUAUGCUUAGAAGACUUCAGCUUAAGCUCCUCCUCUUUGUAGCUACAAUAAAGGACUUUUUG